AUGAUGUUGAUGAGCUCUCAACGACAAGGGGACCUGGAGGAGGAGGAAGACUCUCAAGACGAAAUCGAACCCACCCUGGAGUCUAUCGAUUACAUCGAUGAAGAAGGUACCUGCUACCGUCUCGUCCCUGAAGAAAUUCUUGUAAAUAUGCAGACCGGUGGUGAAGAAGGUCGCUAUACAGGCCGUCCGACAGGAUCGAAUACUCUGUAUUAUGAAAAGGACCAGUGA